GCGUAACAGUCUCACGCCGAGAUUCGCCGCGCGAGCACACGGGAACCGCAGCUGUGCGGUUCGAUCGACGCGUUGUUUUGAUUGUUCUCUUCUUUUUCUCGACGAGUCGCGCGUGAGAAUAAGGACUGCGUCCUCGUGAAAUUUUCGACGGGCUUGAUUUUUUCGUUCAAUAUUCCUCGAAGCGCGUACGUCAAAUUUAGUGAAAUAUAAAAUCGAAAUCGCUCGUUCCAUAUGAUUUCAUCCGGUGAAUCAUAGUAUAGUAUCGACCGGAGCCGUAUCGCGCGACAAAUUUGGCGAUCUCUCCGAAAAAGAACUCCAAGAUAUUUUUAAACCCAACCCACAUUUCGAAGAAAAAGUCAUCCUGUCUGCCAAACAGCGUUUAAACUCCGGUCCCAUCGGAGAGCGCAAGGAGAGUUCGAAAGGCUUGCGAAACAUCGCGCGCGCGUGUACAUACACUGCACUCUGUGAGGUAAAAAGAAACAGAAGCACACACAACGAGUCAGCGCUGGAGAACGAUCGUCCGGCGCAGUUGAGUUAGAGAGAGAGAGAGAGAGGGGCGAUCAGAGGUGCGGUUCCGCUGUUCCCCGGAGCAGUCGUCCCGCCGAGAGAUGGGCGAACCUCAAAACUCGACAUUCCUCGGGCUCGACUUCAGCACGCAACAGUUGAAAGCCGUUGUAGUCGACGACAAUCUCAACGUCCUGCAUGAGACGAGUGUCCAGUACGACAAUGACUUGCCGGAAUUCAGGACUUACGGGGGCGUUUUACAAACGAAGGAGGAGCCGAACGUAAUAACGGCCCCGACCCUCAUGUGGGUCAAGGCCUUGGACAUGAUACUGGAUAGGCUGAGAGUCUGCGGCGUCGACUUCAGCAAAGUCGCGGCUGUUUCCGGCUCUGCGCAGCAACACGGAACCGUGUACUGGAGCAAAGGAAGUCGAACGACCUUGCAGAACCUCAACCCCGAGAAGUUCUUGCACGAACAGCUGGUGGCGGCUUUUGCGGUCUCACCGGCGCCCAUAUGGAGGGACGCGAGCACCAGCGCCGAGUGCCGACUACUCGAAGAUGCCGUUGGUGGACCCGAGAAACUGGCGGAAAUCACAGGGUCGAGGGGAUACCUGAGGUUCUCCGGGCCUCAGAUAGCCAAGAUCGCCAAGAGGAGACCCGAAGCUUACGAGAGCACGGAGAGGAUAUCGCUGGUAAGCAGCUUCGCGGCCUCCUUGUUCCUGGGCGAUUUCGCACCGAUAGACUUGGCCGAUGGAUCAGGCAUGAAUUUGUUGGACAUUCGAACCAAAGACUGGCACGACGAGCUUUUGGAGGUUUGCGCUCCAAACCUGAGGGAGAAGCUCGAGGCACCCGUGCCCUCCAGCUCGGACGUCGGUCCCAUUUCGGCCUACUUCGUCGAGAGAUUCGGAUUCGAUGAAAAGUGCAGAGUUGUUGCCUUCACGGGCGACAAUCCUGGAUCACUGGCCGGACUGAGAAUAUCCGAAGGAGACAUAGCCUGUAGCCUCGGUACGAGUGACACGCUGUUCGUGUGGUUGAACGACCCGAAGACCGUGGUCGACGGUCACGUGUUUUGCAAUCCUAUCCAGGAUGACGCUUACAUGGCUCUGGUCUGUUUCAAGAACGGCUCUCUGACUCGGGAACGAAUCCGCGACAGCACAGCCGGCAAGGAGUGGCAGCUUUUCGAUGAACUACUGGACAAUACGCCCAGGGGAAACUUCGGCAACUUUGCGUUCUAUUACGAUGUGGAGGAGAUCCUGCCACGACUCGUCGGCGACCACAGGUUCAACAAGGCUAACGAGCGUAUCGCGAGAUACAGUUCUAAGGAGGUGGAGGUCAGGGCCGUUAUCGAGGGACAGUUUGUGGCUCGUAGGGCGCAUGCCGAGGACUUUGGCUUUGUUAUAGGCCCGAACACUAGAAUAAUUGCGACAGGAGGAGCUUCCAACAACAAAACUAUCCUCCAAGUUCUAGCCGACGUCUUCAACUCGCCCGUUUACGUAUCGGAAAUAGCAAAUUCAGCGAUGAUGGGAGCGGCUUACAGAGCGAAGCAUGCACUUUUCAAAGACAAACUCAAGUUCGAGGACAUACUUAACACCUUGCCGGAACCAAAGCUCGUUUGCCAACCAUACGACGACGCGGAGAGCAUUUACAAGCCGAUGGUGCAACGCUACAGAAAACUGAUAGAGGAACUGCUUCGGGAGGCACAGCCGGAGUCGUAGACUGAGAAGAAACCACACACACACACACACAUUCCAGACAGAGGCUUUUUAUAGGACAAUUUUUUUUAUUCCUGCGACUGAUGUGUUAUUCCGUUAUUCCAAUGAUUUUUUUCGCCGGCUUGGGACAUUUAUUGCGAACGCACAAUGCUGUUGUUAAACUACGAGGAGAAAGAGAGGAGGAAACUUGCCUUACGCGAUCAUUACUAUGCCGAAAGUCCGAUUUUUGGUAUUUUCGACUAGCUAUUUAUGUGUGUACAAGUGGUUUCUCUUGCCAGUGCCUUUGACGCGAAUUUCUCGACUGCGUAGGUACCAAUUACCGCUUAAGCUUAGGAUGUAAGUGUGAGGAAGGCGCCUGGUGGUAACUCGUAAACAAACAUAUCUCAAAGUGCAAUUAUAUGUUAUAUUAUAGAAGGAAUUUUUAUAAUAUAGGUCAAGUUUGUAUUUAUUUAUUCGACAUGAAGCUUGCGAACGGAGAAAAGAUUCUUCAGGUCUUUGCGAUCGCGCAUCACUAGCAUAUCAUGUGGAUUGAUUAUGCUUAAGUUUAUUCUGAAUAUUUUAUUAUAUUUAUUCUUAUAACGUGAAAAUCGAAGAUUUUAAUCGUUCAGCAUCAAAAUGAAAUGCGUCGGUUGCACAGGCCUCAUUUUAGUUUUAUGCGAUCGAAAUACUUCCACGUACCUACAUAUUAUAAGUAAAACGCCACAGACAAAA